UGUUUGAACUUCGAACUUACGGGCCUGGCGUUUGCACCUUAUAUGUGGACUACCUAGUUGAGCCCAAAGGUAAAGCCAAAUCAAGCAUUUUGAAAAGUUGUGCGUUGCGCCAGUGAUCGAGACUCGAGCACAGUUGCAGUGGAACACGCUCGGAGAUGGAGGAGAAUUGGAGUGGUUGGGACUCAAACAUGGUUGCGGUGUUAGAAACCCUAAGAAAAAGAGGUUGGUAUUUGGAAGACACGGUCGAUUUGAAGGCCAUCGUCGUCUUUCAAUCCGCACUUGCCGAUGACCCUUCCAAGGUGGUUGAAUCCGUCGAGUCAGAGCUUCUCAAUUCGGACCUUAGAUCCAUCAGCGCCAAGUCCUUGCGCCAACCCGCUCUUCUUCGCAAUCCUUCCUCUGUUCUUCAGGGUCCCAUAGUUCUUCAGAUAAGUUCUGCGAGGGACGUAUCUAAGAGCAGCGUGGAUGAGUUUCUGAGAAAUUCAGGUGGUCGGAGACUUCUUAGAUUGUGUCUCACUGAUGGUCACUCUGAAAUAACUGCUGUGGAAUAUUCUCACGUUCCUUCUAUACCAGACAAUGUGGUUCCGGGUACUAAGAUCCGUUUGGAAAAUAAAGUUGUGGUUCACAGUGGUAUUGUUUGCUUAAAUCCUAAAGUACUGACUGUAUUAGGAGGUGUUGUUAAAUCACUCCAUGAAGAAUGGGAGAUGAACCAAAAAUAUUCAGGAUUGUCCCGAUCAUCUUUAAGAAAGCUAGAGAAUCGUGAUACAGGUGGUCCUCCAUCAUUUGUGAAGCUGCAGGUUGGAUCUUCCUCAGGUAUUGCGGAUUAUAACUCUAGAAGUCGUAAGCCAAUUGCUGAGGUUGGUGAACCUGAGAGGAGACCAUCUGAUAUCAAGCUAGAACCUAAUCAGAAACCAAAUGUUUUGGAUGUAAAUCUAGAAUCCAAACCACCUCAAGAAAGAGCUGAAGACAAGGCUAGUAGUUCAAGCACAAGGCCGAAAGAAGUUGUGGAUUCUGUUCCUGUCCAAAAUCAAGCAGCUGCACAAAAAUUACUUCAGAAACUGAAUCACCCUAGUCAGAAUGAUCGUCAUUUCAAGGGUCGGAAACAUAGGGGCAAGGGGAAAGAAGAAGAUCCAGUUGUGUUCACUCUGGAAGAAUACGAGAAUAGAAGGGCCCAGACAAAGCCUUCUAAUAAAGACAAUAAUCUAGACAUUAGCCGUGAUGAGGAUCUUGCCAGGCAGCUUCAAAAUCAGCUUUACCUUGAAGACUCUCAGGGAGGAUGGGGUGGUUAUGAAGCCAAGGCACAAGAUAUUAGAAUGAGUAUGUUCACUUAUGAAAGGGAUUCUGACAGCAGCCAAAUGGCAGGAGGAAGAAGUGGAAGGGGAAGGGGAAGAGGAAGGGGAAAAGGAAAAGGAAGAGGGAGAGGAAGAUAUGGUUAUUAAAUAUAAUGCAUUUUCUUUCUUUUAUUUUAAGAAGAUGGAAAUCUUGGCUUUAGAAUCAAUUUUGAGGGUUCCUUGGACAUAAAAUCCAUCGAGAGGAGCAACGAUAGCGUAGGGUUCAAUUUUUUAGGUGAUCAACCUCUUUUCUUUUUCUUUGUUACGUGUAUAUGAUCUGUUGGAUAUUUUUAUUUCUUUCUCCAUAUAGAAUAUUCUCUUUGGUA